CUUUUCUUCUACCCUCUCACUCUCAGCUUUCUCCACACUUUAUCUUCUAAUCUCAUCUCAUUCCACCAACACACACUAAACAGAGAAAGAGUGAGUGAGAGAGUAGAGUGUGUGUCGUGUCUCAUUAACAAUGGCUUGUUCUUCAGCAGCUACCUCUGCUUCUCUCUUCUCUUCUACAACAAGACCUCUUCUCUCUCCCAAACCCCUUUCUCCUUCUUCCUCUCUCUCCAUCCCAAAUUCUCUCAAACCCUCUCAUUCUUCUUCUGCUGCUGCUUUCUCUCGCUCAAUCUCCAUCAAACGCUCUUCAUUGCAUUCUCGCCGCAGCUUCAGUGUUAGAGCCUCGAGUGAACUUCCAUUAGUUGGAAAUACAGCCCCAGAUUUUGAAGCAGAGGCUGUUUUUGAUCAGGAGUUUAUCAAGGUAAAACUCUCGGAAUACAAAGGGAAGAAGUAUGUUAUCCUCUUUUUCUACCCAUUGGACUUCACCUUUGUUUGUCCAACAGAAAUCACUGCUUUCAGUGACCGGUAUGCAGAGUUUGAGGCAUUAAAUACUGAGAUAUUGGGCGUUUCAGUUGAUAGUGUGUUCUCACACCUUGCAUGGGUUCAAACGGAUAGAAAAGCAGGUGGUCUUGGCGACUUGAAUUAUCCAUUGAUUUCCGAUGUCACCAAAUCGAUAUCAAAAUCUUACGGCGUCCUCAUCCCGGAUCAGGGGAUCGCUUUGAGAGGGUUGUUCAUCAUUGACAAGGAAGGGGUUAUCCAGCAUUCCACCAUUAACAACUUGGCAAUUGGUAGAAGUGUUGAUGAGACAAAGAGAACACUCCAGGCCUUGCAAUAUGUGCAGGAGAACCCGGACGAAGUUUGCCCUGCCGGAUGGAAGCCCGGGGAGAAGUCCAUGAAACCAGACCCCAAACUUAGCAAAGAGUACUUUUCCGCGGUGUAACGAGGAUCAUAGUUAAGAGUAGCCGUUGCGCGUACAUGAUGAUCAGAGUGAUUGUGCAAAGGUCUUGUUUCUAAUGUAACUUUAGUCCUUUUAAAUUUUGAGCUUUAGGGUGUGGGAAUAAGUGUGAAGUUCACUAUGCAUCAAUUUACAAUUGCUUUUGAUUAUAGUCUUUGUAUCUUAUGUUCUCAUUGAACCAUUAAGAUGGAAUUAUUUGAUUAAACCAAAAUGAGAUGAUUCUUCCUUUUUCUUGAAAUAAA